AUGUACAGAAAAUCCGUUUGGAGGACGAAUAAAUCAGCAUCUUCGUCGCGGUCUCCAAUCCCUGAAAAUAGUCCAACAUCUGCUCAUGAUCAAUCGCAUUCUGUAGCUUUACCAAUCAAUCCCACACCAAUCAAUCAAAAGUGUCAGCCACCCGCGUCUGAAUAUGAUACCCACCUGACGAUCGACGACUCACCCUCUCCUCCAUCAACCUCUGACAAGCCUGCUGCAAACUCCUUCCCCGUCAUCCACACUCCUGCACCCCUUCGACGUGUCCUCCACGCCCGCCUUCUCUAUCCUCCCGACCAACGUUUCGCAAACGGCCAAUCAGUACUCGACUCCCGUCAGAUGUUCCCUAGAAUACGACCCUGGGCUAUGCACUACCAACUCAACGUUGAUCGCGAGCCAACUGUGGAGCUGUUGCGAGGUUUGCAUCGGCGCAGUGGGGUUGGGGUGUGA